AUGUAUGUCAUACAAAGCAAGGCAACGCGCAUCGACCGCAUCGUAGACAAAGCGCUACAUGCCAAGGUGUGCAUCCGUGAAGUGCAGCGACCUCGUGCCGGGGACGGACGAGAGGUCGGCAUCGCGCCCGGGCUGGCUCACGGGCCACGGGCCGCGGGCGUUAGCCGCGCCAUCGAUCCGCGCCGCAACUACGCGCGCUCCCGACGCGACGGUGGCGAGUAUGCGGACCCGCUGAGAUGCACGGGCGCUACUCGCACCCGCCACCUACAAUAA